UUUAUCAGCACGGGUAAUUUUGUUUUCAUUUAAACAAUGACUUAUGUUCCAAAAAAAGGUAGCUUUAGCAUGGAUACUGUUCUGUGAAGAUUUUCGGAGUACGUUCGACAACUCGAGAUUUCUUAACAGAUAUCAAGCCGAUUCGAAGAGAAGCGAUGCAAACUGGCGAGGCGUCCUCGGACGAGAGUCGCGAGCCGGAGUCGCCGCCAGCGACGCCCAGGGAGCUGGGCAUGAUCAAGGAGGAGAUUCCUACCCUCAGAGCCAUAGACCGCAUCUUCAAGAGGGUGCCAGCGGCGGCCAAAGACUACCACGUGAGGGCCACGUGUGCAGCCAUGGAGGCCGCCAUGUUGGACAUACGAGAGAUGGAGUACGAGUUGGAAUUUUUUGCCAAGGACCACGUGUUGUGCAGGGAGCUAGCGGCGGAUGAAGACUACCAGGCGAGGACUACGUGUGCAGCCAUGGAGACCGCCAUGUUGGACAUACGAGAGAUGGAGUACGAGUUGGAAUUUAUUUUGGAGCAGGCCCCGGAGAUAAGCCCUUGUCGAGGCAUCAAGCAGGGGCCCUGCAGCGCUGCAUCGCUGCUGGAGGCCAAGUCGGCCAGGCGUUACGCGGGCUGCUGAACGAUAAAAACCAAACUAAAAGAACGCAGCGACACAUAAAAAAAAUAUUCACUUACCAUCGAAAAAAUGUCUAUAAUGUUUCCACAGUUGUAAUAAUUGAAUUAAAUGGAAAUUAUUUUUAAGC